AUGGCUUGUGAAUCAGCCAAAGCUAUCUGGGACUUCCUCAAAGCUGAGUAUCAAGGAGAUGAGAGGAUCAGAAGCAUGAAGGGGCUAAAUCUGAUCACAGAAUUCGAGAGACUGCAGAUGAAGGAGUCUGAGACAAUUAAGGAGUAUUAUGAUAAGUUGAUAAGCAUUACAAAUCAGGCAAGAGUUCUAGGCAUUGACCUCUCUGAUAAUAGGCUAGUGCAGAAGAUUCUUGUCUCCUUGCCCGAAAGGUUUGAGGCAACCAUUGCCUCUUUGGAGAAUACCAAGGAUUUAUCUCAGAUCAAGUUGGCAGAAUUGCUAAGUGCUCUGCAAGCACAAGCGCAGAGGCGGUUAAUGAGGCUGGAAGGAAGUACAGAAGGAGCUUUGUAG